UUCCAUUUCCACUCUCUCUCGCUUUCCCGCGCGCUAUUUGCUUUCUCAUUCAUUCCCAGUCUUUCUCGAGAAAUCUUCACAUUUUGUCAAAUUCAAAUAGAUCCUCUCGUAUCUUUUUCUUGGAAGCGUUAUUGCUUUUGCUUAUAGAGUCUUCACUUGAAAAGGGAAAAUGGUGAUGAAAGUUAAGAAAGAGGAGGAAUUUUAUAAUGUAGAUUUGGGAGACCAAGUUAUAGAUGCUCAACCUUUCUCAGUCUAUUUUGGUACUUGUCGUACAGCUAUUCCAAGGAGGGUAACUGGUCCAGCUCGACAAUCAACAAAAGGGCAUUGGACAGAAGCAGAGGAUUAUCUUCUUAUGGAAUCAGUCAGAGAGUUCCAUGGGAGGAAUUGGAAGAAAAUAGCUGAGUGUCUCCCUGGAAGGACUGUUUCUCAGUGCUUUACUCGCUGGAAUAGAGUUCUUAAUCCAGCAGUUGUCAAAGGAGCAUGGACAAAAGAGGAGGAUGACUGCAUCAUAGAGUCGGUUAGAAAGUAUGGUCCGAAGAAAUGGUCUGUUAUUGCCAAGUUCUUGCCAGGUCGCUUAGGCAGGCAAUGCAGAGAAAGGUGGUACAAUCACUUAGACCCAGCUAUAAGGAGAACUUCAUGGACAGAGGAGGAGGAAUUGACUCUUAUUCACUACCAUGAAACAUAUGGGAACAAGUGGACAGAGAUAGCAAAGUUUCUACGUGGAAGGACUGACAAUGCAAUAAAAAAUCAUUGGAAUUGUAUAAUGAAGAAGAAGUUAAAUUCAAAUUCCCCUGCUUGUGCAAUGGAUUCAUGCACAGAUGGUUCUCUGAACUUCUGCUGCUGUAUAACAUCACCAGACAGCAUGGAGGUGAGAGAAGAAAGGCAAAGUUUUGAUGAAACAGUCUCUAGUGACAGAAAGAUGAGAUUGAAGAAUAUUGCUGAGAUAAGUACUUCAGAGUUGCCUCGUGGAAUUGGUAAUGGAGGACAUGACCAACUAGAAGCAAAAUAUGGUGCGGCGGGAACUUGUGGAUCUUCAGUUGAGGUGGAUAAUAAGCUGAUGAAUCUAUUACAUUUUGAUGACAGAGGUGCUAGGACUUGUGGUGCAGCGAUUGAAGAUAGAAUAAACAAUGUCACACAUGAUGUUGAACCAAGGGACUUGAUUCCUGGUUUGGAUGGCACUGAACUUCCUACUGGGUACCAUCAUUUUCUGCAUACAAGUACUCAAUUUUUGUCUGCUACUCCUACCAAUGUUAGACGGGGUAGCUUUGUCAAUUGUAAUAGUCCAGAAUCAAUAUUGAGGAAUUCAGCAAGGACUUUUAAAAAUACACCUUCUAUUAUAAGAAAAAGAACUUACAGGAAGACUGGUCUGGAUAACUCUCCAGAUGUCACUCAUACACCAUUGUGGAAGUUCUCGCCUACAAGUGAUGGUGAAGAUGCCAAUACUGCAGACAUUUUAAAUUUGAAGCAGGGUGUUCUAUCUUUCUUCGGUAAGCCUGGUUCUUCCUUCGCUGUAAAAUCUCUAAAACGACAACUGGAAUCUGCAUUUGAUAUGGAGAGGGAUUAAUUACUGGUAAUCAGAGAAACUUAGUUCGUGAAGAUGUGAAGAUACCUUGACAGUUGAGAUAAAUAAAGUCAGUAAGUGGUUAACCUUUUUUUUUUUUUUUUUUUUUU